AAUUCCGUGGUCCAAGGAACCCGCCAUCCUCUGUUGAAGAGAUUAGAUGAAUCCCAAGUUUUGGAACCUUUAAAUUUGAAAAUGAUUCCUCGCCGCAAAUGUUAGUGAUAACGGAAGAUCAAAGCCACCAUGAUGGUCCCACGAUGGACCAGUCCCAAUCUCAGCUCUAGAAGAAAGAUUUUCAAAGCCACAAAUGAAGAUUUGUGAUGGAUUUAACCUGUUUCAGUUUCUGAUAAACACCACAUCAUCAAAGCUCUUCCACGCGUCUCGGCGGACGGUGGCGGCGGAAGAGGAGGAAGUGUGAUGACGGUAUCUUAGGCUGAAGGUGACAUAUGAAAAAGAAAAGGAAGUAAAAGAAAAGGCGACAUAUUGGGGACGGCUGCUGUGGACUAUAGCAGGAAACCAAGUUUGGUAUUGUCAUUUCCAUCAUGAGUAAUCAUGAUGAAAGUUUUGUGUCACUUGCUCAACCCAUCGGAAGAUGGUCGAUAUUCUGUUUCGGUCUGGGGCAUAUGCUCAAUGACAUUACUGCUGCCUGCUGGUUUACGUAUCUGUUACUUUUCUUGACAGAUAUUGGAUUAUCUCCGGGGAAUGCUGCUACAGUUAUGCUUUCGGGUCAAGUAGCUGAUGGGUUAACAACAAUUGUUGCUGGUGAACUGAUAGACCGGUUCGGACGUUUCAAAAUAUGGCAUGGUGCAGGAUCUAUGUUGGUGGCAGUUUCAUUUUCUUCUGUUUUUGGUGGUUGCAUACCGUGCAUAUUCUAUUCUCGAAGUUCAUCAACAUUGCGAACUGUAGGCUACAGCUUUUUUGCGGCAAUCUUUAAUGUUGGUUGGGCAGCCACUCAGGUUUCGCAUAUGUCUAUGAUAAAUUGUAUUACACUGAAUUCAACCAGUAGAGUGGCAUUGGCUAGUUGCCGCAAUGCUUUUAAUAUGGUUGCAAAUCUGAGCCUGUAUGCAGUGGCUUUGUUAGUGUUUAGUAUCUCGAAGGCAAAAUCUCAUGUAGAUAUUGAACAUCAGUACCGAAUGAUAGCAUAUAUUUCAAUUUUCAUUGGCUGCUGCUUUGUGGUCGUAUUUCUAGUUGGGACCAAGGAGCCAAGUUUGAAGGUUGCUGUACAUGGAGAUCGGCAUGCAAGGAUUUCGUGGUCAUAUUGGUUCAAGAAAGUUUUAUAUUAUCAAGUUGCUCUUGCUUAUGUACUUACGAGACUGAUUAUCAAUGUUUCACAGGCAUUUCUGGCAUAUUAUGUUAUUAACGAUCUGCAUAUGGCGCAGUCAGCUACAGCUUUGGUUCCUGCAUUAAUCUAUGUCUUCAGCUUCAUCGUAUCUGUAACUCUUCAGGAGGUUGUUUGGACUGGCCAACGCCUGAAGCUCUACUAUUCUGCUGGAGGCAUUCUCUGGAUGUUUUGUGGUGCGGUGAUUCUCAUUUUACCCACAAGCAUGAGUGCUUUUAUGUACGUCGUGUCCUUUGUUAUUGGUGUAGCAAAUGCUUUAAUGGUGGUGACUGGAGUGAGUAUGCAAACUGUUCUAGUUGGAAGGGAUCUGAAUGGCUGUGCAUUUGUGUGCGGUUCAUUGAGCUUCCUUGACAAAAUUCUAUGUGGGCUGGCACUAUACUUUCUGGAAUCAUUUCAGAGUAACACCGCGUUACACAUUUCAAAAUACAAUCCUCUCGAUGCCACCUAUAUUUCGGUUACGAGAUAUGGUUUAGGACUUGUGCCAGCAGUUUGUGCAUUCCUUGGAGUAGCAGUUACAAUGAGCAUGGACCUUCAUGCCCCUUACGCCAAAUACCUGACCGAAUCGCUACUGGAAUAAUGGUAGAAACGUCAGCCUUCAAUCGGAAGAUCUGUAAAUAGACCAAUUCCAUUCCACUAAUGUCAUCAUCAAUUCAACAACAUUCCUUUCGUGAUCAAGGUGAUCAUUCCACUGGUAUACAGCACAGGUAUCGAAUUAUCAUUUUGUUCAAAGAUUUACUAGUCCAGUUAUGGAUUGUUCAUCUGCUCGUCCCCAAGGGCCUUCUAAGCCUAGCUUUAACUUUUACUUGAUAAUACUAAUUGUUUAUCAUUUGUCCAAAGAGCUACUCAUCCAGCAUAUUUCAGAUUAGCUUUGGGAGGAAACAAUUUCAUGAACUAUUCAUAAGGCCAAUCUGGGUUGAUUUGUAGCGUUGAACACUAUCUAGUAACCAACAGAAACUGUAUGUUUUAUCUUUCAUCCCUUGUUCUAUUUUCAACAUUAUAACUAUAAGCAUUUGUCUAGUCUUUCAUGUGUUGCCAACAUCGAUUUUGAUGACAUUAUGGGAAAAUAUGUUGAAUUUUGAUGGAUCUAUAUGUUCU